AUGGCUACGGGACACCCACUGUCGAAUCCCCACCCGGAAAGCUACAGUACUACCUUUUCUUCGCCCGUCUCGGCUGCUGGUGGGAGCAGUACCACACUUACGGGCCCGCCAAGCAGCGGACCGUCUGGUCCCGUUUCUGCUACUUCAAUAUCAACCCCUACUCUUGCCCCCCCUCCUCCUCCAGCAGCAGCAGCAGCGGCGCCAGCAGCGGAGCAAAAAGUCAGACGGGUCCGCACAGGCUGUCUCACCUGUCGUGCAAGGAAGGUCAAGUGCGAUGAGGCGCCAGGAGGCUGUAAUAAUUGCAAGAAGAGGUCGCUAAUCUGUGACUUCACCGACAUUACUGUUGCCGGCCAUCCGUACACAUCGUCAUCCUCCUUGUCAUGCGCGUCCACCAACCUCCUGGAGAGCUCAUCCGCCGCCGCCGCCGCCGCCACCACUUCCGCCUCUCUCCUCCCUCCCAUUGUAGACCCUAAUAAUUCUCAUACUCAUCAUCAUCAUCAUCAUCAUCAUCAUCAUCGCCAGUCAGCGUGUGAACAAUGUCGGAAGGCUCGUAGCAAGUGCUCGCAGGCCCUGCCCCGCUGUGCCAGGUGCUCGCUGAGGCAGCUCGACUGCGUAUAUGCCGACGUCAAGACGGGGGAUGAAGUGAGGCUCACGGCCACGGCGAGAAGCCGUAUUGACAAGGCCAAGCAGCGCAAGAAGAAAGAGUUGGGAGUGUUACAGCAGCAGCAGCAGCAGCAGCAGCAGCAGCAGCAAGGAGGAGUUGAUCAUAGCAGACAGCCACACCCACACCCACAAGCCCCAUCAGUGGUCCUCCUCGAGGGUCCUCCGUUGCCACAAGUCCAAGUACCGGCCCAGGCCCAGACACAGGCUACGCUGGCUGCUGGGCCUAUUGCAUCCAGCGAGAUACUGUGCUCCGCUGCUGCUAUUCAUCCUCAGCCUAGACAGCAGGAAGAAUCAAAUGUGCUGCAGACGCUAGCAACUCCACAGGCGGCGGAGACUGACGGCCUGCCCGAGAAUGUCCUCCCGUACGUCGACGCGUUCUUUACUCACGUUGCAUCGUACCAGACCAAUGGCUUCGUCCAUCGUGGAAUUCUCCGGCGCCAGAUCCGAGACGGCAGGGCUUCCGAGACGCUGUUGUUGGCCAUUUGUGCCAUCUCGGCGCAGUUCAUCGACCAGCCAGUAAAUUCUGCUGCAGUAGCCACCUCCAGAGCGCUAUCCCCUGCAGGCAACAACAAUAAUAAUAAUGAUAAGAAUAAUAGCAGCAGUGGCCAGGCCAGUCGAUGGGCAAGGCUAGCCAUGCUGCAGCUGAUGACAAGAACGUCGACCAUUACCCUCCACCAGGCCAUGGCGGCCCUCAUUCUUUGCAAGCAUGCCGUCUAUAGCGGUGACUUCAACCGGUCUUUCCUCCUUGCCGCCCUGGCCAACCGCUUUGCGCUCAAGCUCCGCCUCUUCGACGAGGCCAAGUGGACAACGGGCCAAGACAACAACCACGAGAACCUGCGGUGGGUCGAGAGAGAGCAGAUGAGGAGGGUCAUGUUUGCCUGUUAUUGCGUAGACAGGGCAACAGCGACAGGGCUGCGUGAGUUGACCUCUUGUCCGGCCGAGAGCAUUAAACUCCAGCUGCCGUGCGAGGACCAUUAUUUUGACUACAUCGAGGGUCUACCAGACCCCGACUCCCUCGCGCCAUGGGACCACGCGUCAGACUACAUGCUCUGCGUGCGCAAACUCUCCCGCUGGUCCGCUGACCUCCCGACCCGCCUCCAACUGCGCCGUGAGAACCUCUUUAACCGGCACGACACCCCGCAGCUGGGUCCCAUGGUGAUGCUGCACCUCUGGCACGACAUGCUCCACUGCGAGUUGUACAGACUCGCGCUGCAGAAUCACCCGUCGCCGCGGGUACAAAAUAUGUUUGUCAUGGCGCCGCAAGACUGGGUCAAGUCCACGCGGGAGCUGUGCGUCUACCAUGCCCGCAGCAUGGCUAAGACGCUCGCCAUGGUCGAGUCCGAGCUGGGCGGCGAGGGAGGCGGCGUUGGCGGUAGUGGUGGCCUGCGCAUCCUUGAUCCGAGCCUGGCUACCAUGUGUUAUGCGUCCAUCAAAGUUCAGCUGAUGGGCUCGGCGGUGGGUAGCUCGCCUGGUCUGCCGGAUGCGCUGCAGGGCGGCGAUCUGUUGGAACAGUGCGAGAUUCUUUUCCGGUUCGUGGAGAGGCUGUCGUUGUAUUUCAAGCCUGCGCUUUUUCUUCUUCAUGAGAUGAAGAGUACACUGCACAGCAGCGGAUUGACUGGAACAUGGAGUCAAUCUUCUAUACCUACCAGUGGAACGCAACCCCAGGACCACCCUUUUCUUUCCCGAUUCCAACAGCUCGACCAGCCAUCACCAACAGAGGUGGAUCCUCUGUACCAGAACCCUGGCGGUCUGAAUCUGUUUCCCGAGAUUCAGUUGAAUUAUUUCGACCAGUUCGAAAUGAACAUUCCAGACUGGCUGAGAUCCAGUUGA